GCUGUCGUGGAUGUGACAUCAGGGAAGGGCGGGUGUUCCGUGUGAUCGGGGUUUGCGGGCACAUUCCGGAGUUUCGCCGCUCCGAGUAGGUAAGAGUCCGGUGAAAGUGGCCGUGGUGAGGCGGAGGCGAUUCCUUCCAGACUCUGACACCGUCCAGUUGCUUCAGGGUCUGCCCCCAUGCUCCGUCUCUCAGCCUGAAAAGUUCUCGGCACCGAGGAACUUCCCUGCAUCGCGCUCGGCUGCCGAACAGGCCGGCAGUCUUGUCUCUGGGUGGCGAAGGAGUACACCUCUCCUCAUGUCUGAUCGACACGGCGUACCAAAGGGUAAGGGACAAGAGGAAGAUGAUAUGUUGAGCGGAGAUUUGGGUGACGGCUUUUGUAGGAAACCUGGUGGAAUUUAUGACCGGCAACACUCUUCUGCUGCUGAGACUGCGAGAUCAAGGCGAGGGUCAGAUUGCAAUGGCGAUGCUUUCGGGAGAAGUGUAAACAAGGAUGAAAAUUCAUGUCAGUGCUGGAGCAAAACUGGCAGCAUUUCAGAUUCCUUCCAUCAGCUUUCGAACUCUGACAUGACUAGCAUCAGCAGACAAUCCAGCACUAUUGGUGUAGAUGUUAAAAUGUCGAAUGAAGAACUAAAACUGAGGCUGCAGGAAGUUAUGCAGGAAGCAGAAUUUCUACGAUCUGAGCUUGAAGUAACACAACAGCAACUCGAAGGGAAGUAUAAAGCCUUAAAAAUCCUUCAGAGCAUGGCAAUGUUAGAUAAAGCCACAGUUCAUACAAAAACUUUGCUGCAAAAAACAGGAGAACGAAACAAGAUUUUGGAAAAGGAAGUGAAUAUAUUACAGUGGGAAAAUGACUUCAAACAAGAUAAAUUUAAACAUUUGGAACAAUUCUGGAUUGAAAGAAUUGAAAGGAUGUGCAUUGAAAACACCGAACUUGCAAAAAAACUGGAAGAAAGAGAUGCUGAGAUUCGGGAUCUCAAAUCGGAAAACGCAUUAUUGGCCCAGCAAUGCUCCGAACUGUUAUCGAUGGUCAACGUACCAGAUCAACAUGCAUUUGAAAAAACACUGCCCAGAAACAUCAAUGGCUUUACUGAGAUCACAGCUUUAGAGCUGGGGGUGCUCGGAGCCUGUCACUGUAAGGGUAUCGGCGCGGAGCCUUGUGGUUGUGCCAGGAUGGCAGCCGCUACCCGAAAGCAACUGUUGGUGCUGCAGCAGGAGAUUGAUCUUCAAAGAAAGCGUGAGGAAGAGGCACAUCUUAUGGCUGAUGCAUUUCGAAGUGCCUUUGAACAUCAAUUGAAAAGGACAAAUGACCAAACUCAGCGACUUACUGAAGUAAGAAAACUGCAUAGAAAAUAUCUGAAGAAAGGGCUCGUAUGGACACCGUCCAAACAAGAUCCUGCUGACAGAACGGAAGUGAACCUUACAACACUUGGGCAAAGGUUGAAGGGACUGUUCAAUUCCUCAGCUGACUACAAGAAACUGGAAUUCUUGGAUGACCCCCAGGAGGUGCUAAGGGUGCUUAUUGAGUUGUUAAAUGAUAAGGAGGAGGCUCUGGCGCAUCAGAGGAAAGUUAGCUACAUGAUGGCACGAAUAAUUGAAGAACAAGGUCGAAAUAACUCAAAGAAUACUCCAACUAUUGACAGUUCUAAUGUUCUUCAAUGUCAGAAAGGAUCUCAAGAAUUCAAAAAUAUCUCUUGUCCUUCAGUUGAUCAAAGCUUAAGGGGGAACAGAACUGUUUUGAGGACAUAUUCCUUUCCUCCAAGUUACUUUACAGAAAGAUAAAUAAAACAGAUAAUUUUUAAAAUAGACUUUCUAUGGCAAAAUAUUUAAUGCAAUUGAAUGAAGUAGGCCAGAAAUUGCAGACUUGUAAUGAAUGUUAUCUAUUUUUUAAAAAAUCAACUCUUUAAAAGCACUGGUUUUAACUUUGUAACUAAACAGUCUUUCACUGCCAUUUCGUUGGAAUCUUGUUAAUCUAUUUUUAAAAAAGAGUUCAGCAUUUAAUAUGCUAUUCAAUGGAUCAGUGAUUAGCACUUUAUUGUAUUAUGAGAAUUAAUUACCAUUUACCAUACAAUCUAGUAUAAACAAUGAAUACAAACCUGGGAAAAUCAUUAUCUAACUAAUGUUGUGGCCAGUAAGACAGACUGAGCAUUGUUUUCGGGUCUGGUCACUGAGAUGUGAUGGGAAGAAUACAGGUGACAGACACAUGGAUGGUCCCACUUUGACGAUCUCAGUUAUGUGAAAAGAACAGUGAAAUUUGGGUUCUGAAUGAAUGUACCUUCAAAACUAAUUUUGUACAGAAAUGUGGAAUUGUUGAAGCUCUGUAACACCAGUGCAAAUGUAGUUAACGAGUAAAAAAACAAACUUAAUAUUUUGCAAUUGA